UGUUUCCACUAAACGUUAACAUUAAUAUACUUGGACGAAUUCAGAUUAAUUAAGUAAAUUAAAAACAAGAUUAACUCCUAAAAUUUCAGCAUUAUUCCAUUUAUAAAUUUUUAUAACAAUAAUUUGAUAUAUCCUCAUUUAUUUUCUUCUAUUUCGACAUAAUAAACUAUAAAUCAAAGUUUGUAAUAACGGAAUCACAACUUAUUUCCGGAGAUAAUGCCAAUACGGGAAAUAGACUAGGAGUAAAUUAGUCAAACGAGUAGUUGUUUAAACCAGUAUUCUAAUGGAUAUUAAGGGAAUAUUAUUUGUUUUUCUCUCAUUAUUUCUUAAUUUGACGUUCUCGAACACCGAAUGUCCCGAUAUUUGUUUCUGUGAUGAUAAUAUACAAUACGUAGUUUGUGUAGGUGAUGGAUUAUGGUCAAUCCCACAAGAUUUACCGGAGACGGCUGUCAAACUAGAACUACGGAAUUUUUUGUUAAAUAUUCUCUCUGUCGAGGAUUUUAAAGAUUUGAUACACCUGCGAGAACUGAAACUGCAACAAAUGCAAACUACUACUAUAGAGGCUGGAGCAUUUAAUGCAUUGAAAAAUUUAUCUCGAUUGGAAAUGAAUCAAAAUCUACUUUCCAGUUUGACAGAAGGCAUUUUCGAAGGGCUAAGACAGCUACGUUACCUCGAUAUUUCAUCAAAUAAACUGCUUGAUAUUGAAAAAGCAUUCCAAUAUCUCGGAGAGUUGGAACAAUUAAAUCUUCGAGCCAAUGAACUAUCUCGACUAACAGAAAACAGUUUUACCGGAUUAAAUAAGGUACAAUAUUUGAAUCUAGAUUCUAAUAAGAUAAACUAUAUUCACAACGAAACUUUUCAAUAUCUAAGAAGUUUAGCUCAUUUAAUACUCAGCAAUAAUCCUCUUAUGAAGUUUCCUCUCUUAACUUUUUAUAGUACAAGACUUCAAUAUAUUGAUUUAUCUCGAAUUGGCAUAGACAGUGUUCCGCAAGGUCUUAAAAGAUACGUGAGAGAUCUUCGAUUGGCCAAAAAUAAUUUAACAGUAAUACAUCGAGGUGAAUUUGACAGUUAUAUUUAUUUAGGUUUACUUGUUUUGGACGAUAAUAAUAUAACUGAAAUUGAAAAUAACUCUUUUUCAAAUCAAAACUACUUGAUGAGACUUUGGUUAAACGGUAACAAAUUAACAAAUGUACCAUCGAAUCUACCUUCAAGUCUUAGAUCGCUUUAUAUCGAAGAAAAUCAUUUAAUCAGUCUGCCUAAUUACAGCUUUCGAGGUUUGAUCGAAUUAGAGCAAUUGUUUUUACAAAGAAACAAAAUAGAAAAUAUUUCUAAGAGUGCAUUUUAUGAUCUGAAAAAUUUGCAGCAUUUAGAUCUGCAGGCUAAUUUGAUAACAAUUUUAACUGAUGGAUUAUUUGCUAAUUUAACAUCUUUAGAAACAUUGGAUAUUUCUCAAAAUAAUAUUAAAAAAAUAGAAUCUAAAUGUUUCCUGCCAUUAACAAAAUUGUCUACAUUGCAUUUAGCAAGAACUAAAUCUAAAACUAUUUUAGAAAAUGGCUUAUUUUAUCCUCUUAAAAAUCUAAUCAAUUUAGAUCUAUAUGACAGUCCAGAAAUAACAAAAAUAAUAGUAAAUUCCACUGAAAUCCUUAAAAAUCUUAAAAAUGUUCAGCAGUUAAAUCUUCGAAGCAAUAACUUAAAAAAUUUACGUCAAGAUUUCCCUUCUUUUUUUCCUAACCUAAAAAUGAUUAAGUUAAAUGAAAAUAUAUGGGAAUGUGAUCAAAAUAUUCUUUGGCUAAUCCAAUGGAUAAAAACAGAAACAAGUGUGACUUUCUAUGAAAAACAAAGUAUUUUAUGUGCAUCUCCACCUGUUAUGAAAAAUAAACAAAUCAUUUUUCUAAAUAGAAAAGAUUUUAUAAGUGAAAACCCAACAAUUUCUACAGAAAUAACAACAAUACAUCAAAAACGAUACCCAUCUCAAGUUACUAUCAAAGGUUAUAACACAACAAUAAAACCAGUUGCAUCAGAUAAUUUUACAACUUUAGAAAAUGGAAAAAUCUCAAAUGAUAACAGUUAUGAAGUAGUAAAUACAGGUUACAAAUUAAAAAAUUAUACAACUGAUUUGUCAACAAAUAUUUAUAAAAUGGAAACUUUAACAAGUGUUCCAACAUUUAAAGAACUUAUUACACAAAAAACUUCAAAAGAAAAGAUCACAAAUAGCAUUGUAAUAGCUUGUGUGGUUCUUGUAUGUGUAAUACUUACCAUUUUGGUAGUAAUGAUUUUUUAUAAAAUAAAACAUAAAGACAAUAUUUCAUAUUCAGCACAAACCAAUGAAUCUGAUAUAAUUACUGAAAUGAAUACUGGUGAAGGAAUAGGAAACAAACUGUAUUAUGUAGUAGAAAAUCCAAACAUGCUUGGUGAUUCAAAUUCAGAUACUUAUUCAAAUGCUUCUUUGCAAUAUGUAUCCAAUCCUAUGUCUAUUGAAUCAAAAACUCAAUAUAUUAAUGGAAUAUUUCCAUAACAGAAAACUUCAGCAAAAUGAUUCUUAAUAAAAAUUAAUAUACUUAAAAAAUUUCAACUAAUAGAGCAUUUUUCUUAGGUGGCACCCAUUAAUUAUGUAUACAGUUUAAGGGGAGAAAUGGGUUUGUAAAAAGUGCAUUAAGGGGAAGGAAGGGUCAAAGUAUUUUUGUGGGCUGCAUGGUCCUUUUUUAGUGAUAUUAGUGGCAUUCAAAUUUGUUCUUAUAAGCUCACUUACUAAUCAUGUGAAUAAACUAUCAGAAAAUAUUUUCAUAACUUUUUAAAAUCAUUUCUUCAAUAUCAGAAGGUCUGUGAACUGUUGUAAACAUAAUUGAAAGGAUAAAAAUUUGCUAAAGGUACAUCACUGUACACAACAGGAAGGAGAGUUAAAAGUACCUCAAAAACUGUACGUGUAAUUAAUGGACAACUCCUUAAUACUGCUAUUUUCUUGAAGUAAAUUACUGUAUCAUUCUGAAGAUCUAUUUUAAGCUGUUUUUUUUCAACAGUUUUAAAAAGGUUUAUAUAUGAAAUACUGAAAUAUAAGAAAAUUUGUAAA